AGAAAGAACAGCAACUCUAUGUGCGGCCGAGAGAUCGCACGUAAUGUUCAUCUGCGACUGCGAGAGCUCUUUCCAUAUAACUCUGCCUUGCCAGUGUCUUGCAUGCGGGUUUCGCUGGAUGCUAAGCGAAACGACAGCGACGCCUCGUAUUUCUCAGUUGUGAGUGAUCGGGACGAGAUUGAAGAUACCACUGUUUUGGAGGAUAAAAACGCAGCG